AUGCUGUUUUGCCACCUACAUGUAAAAAAAAGAAGAAAAAUAUAUAUUAUAAGUAUAUUAAAAUAGGUUUCAGUGGGGCCAAUAACAAAAGCAUGCUCAUUGGACUUGCUUUUACUGCACUGCAACUUCUUAAUGUACCUUUAAAAACAAGAGAGAACUCAAAACGAAUAUUUACAAAAUACAAUACUAUCUCCUUAAAAGUAAAUACUGCCCAGAGAGGUUUGCCUUCUCUCAGUCCGUCUUGUUUAUUUUAUCUUUUCAUAAUAGCAAAAAAAAGGACCCAAGACAGAAACAUCUAUGAACAUACUUUAUUAAAUGUAAGCUUCUUUUUUUCCCCUCUGUCAGGUUGCUAAUCCCGGUCAAGCUCUCCAGACACUUGGCUCUGCCUUCCUCAACAUCAUGUGGCCCUAUGAGCUGGCCAAUGAGAAAUGGCUCCUGUAUCCUGCCAGCUUGACGUUUCAAGGCCACCCGGAAACACAGUGCAGCCCUACAUCAGCUCUGAAUCCUCUGAAGCUACAGGGCUCCUCGCCUGCAGAGCCGGGCAGUCACGGGGUUGGGCGAAAACGCCGCUCCCACCCUGAGGAGGAAGGUCAGAUCAUGACUAAAGGCAGCGUGGGACAGACCACGCCUGCUGUGGCAGCUUCAGACAGACGCAAGUCGCUCAAACUGGUAAGAAGGAAAAGAAGCAGAGAGCCAGGGAAAAGACCAGAACGUGGGUUAUUGAUUUCCUGCCAAU